AUGAAGCCAGACACCAAUGUGCAAGAUAAUUGGUGGAUACUGCACGUGGAUGGUGUCUCAAAUUCUCAAGAAAGUAGCAUAGGUCUGAUCGUCGCCAACCCUGAUAGGGUCAUUGUUGAGUACGCUUUGAGAUUCGACUUCAAUGCCACAAACAAUGUGGUCGAAUAUGAAGCACUCAUCGCAGGGCUCAGAAUCAUAAGAAAACUCGAUGCCGAGAAAGUCAAAGUAUUUUUUGACUCUCAGCUCAUCAUGAACCAAGUUCAAGGUGAGUACGAGGCGAAAGACCUCAGAAUAGCCAGGUACCUCAACAAAAUAAAGGAUCUUUCCCAAGACUUCAAGAAAAUAGACAUCCAAAGGAUUCCUAAAUCGGAGAAUGCCCAAACUGACGCAUUGUCCCACCUUGCUACAUCCAAUGUUGCCGAUAUGGGAUGA